AUGAACGCUGGACGGGAUGCCGAACGAACAGAGGUCAAUAUUACAUUCGGGGUUGGUUAAAAUUUGCGAGAAAAUGGAUAGAUGAUAUGGGGAAGGGAAGGGUAAUAUAAUUGAAGGUGACUAGAUGACUUCUUCGGAAUUUGUAUAAACUGUUAGCUUGUAUUGUAGCGCAGAGGGCUUUUUAACGCAAGUUUGUAGGUUGAAAGAUUUUUUCGGAAGGGCAAAGAAGAUUUAUAAUGUUUAUUAUCCUUGGGAAAAGUUGUUAGUAAAAGAAUUUGGCUAGGUUUUUUAAUGAUGUAAUCUGCUCCUCCUUUUACGUCUCUUCAAACGAAAGAACCCUUGUGCUAUUUCGAAAGUAAUGCCUAUUUCUCGCCAUGUUCUUUUUGGUCUCAUGGAUUGCACCAUCUUGUUUUGGCUUCUUUGCGUUGUUUUUAGUUCAACGUUUUUUAUAAUGUUGUUGUCCCGGAUGUCGGAGAGCCGUGUCGGUGCAGAGUGAGGUACAAUUCAAGUACAAUUCCAUGUCUGAGUUUGUGUGUGGGUUGUGUGGCCUAACUUUUUCGAGGAUUGAAGUGUAAUAUCGUUAAAACGAAAAACUGCCCCGAAUUUUAAUCGAAUUCGGCGUGAAAGUUGGAGUAAAGUAAAAGGGUAGGACUACAGGUUGAAUAUGUGGCUCAUUUGGUGUUCAAUUCUCUGAUUGCAGUGAAUCCCUGUAGCUUGUGGCUGCUCUUUGAUGCCUCUGUGAGUGAUUUCAUGGUCACGUUUCUAUCAGAGAACCUUCUAUUUUCGCCUGAUAGCCCUGUUUGUUUUUGCAGUCGAGGCGGGCUCAGUUUCAUUUCCUAUUUUCCGCAUCACGCUUAUCGGAAAGUUUAUUUACUUUCGGCUGCAUGUGUAGGGUUUGGUUGGCAAUAUACCAACAAGUGAAGUUGAGGUCUUAAAAGUUGAGUUUCGAACGAAAGUUUUAUUUCGCGUUCAACCGUGUUACAACGUGGAUUGCCAUCAAAUGCAGGAUGAAAGUAACCCGGUUCUUGUUUCAGUUUGUCUUCUCAGCCACUCACUCUUCGCCAAUCACCAUGUCCAAGCCCAAAGUUGGAAUCAACGGAUUCGGCCGUAUUGGUCGUCUGGUCGCCCGUGCCAUCAUCGAGAAGGACACCGUCGAACUGGUCGCCGUCAACGAUCCCUUCAUCGACUUGGAGUACAUGGUCUACCUGUUCAAGUACGACUCCACCCACGGCCAAUUCAAGGGAACCGUGAAGGCUGAGAAUGGCAAACUGGUGCUCGGCCUCCCCGGCAAAGCCGUCCACACCAUCUCAGUCCACAACUCCAAGGACCCCGCCGCCAUCCCAUGGGGCCAGGACGGAGCUGAUUAUGUUGUCGAAUCCACCGGUGUCUUCACCACCACCGAAAAGGCCUCCGCUCACAUCAAGGGUGGCGCCAAGAAGGUUGUCAUCUCUGCCCCAUCUGCUGAUGCCCCAAUGUUCGUCAUUGGCGUCAACGAGGACAAGUAUGAUCCCUCCAAGGACCACGUUAUCAGGUAAGAACGUUAUUUCGUGUUUUGACUGACGUUUAGGAGAAUUCUGACAUUAUACUUGACAUUUAAAUGAUCUUGGUGAAAGCAAUUGUGUCCUGUUUUCAGUAACGCUUCCUGCACCACCAACUGUCUUGCCCCAUUGGCCAAGGUUAUCAACGACAACUUUGGAAUCAUUGAGGGUCUGAUGACCACCGUUCACGCCGUCACCGCUACCCAGAAGACCGUUGAUGGACCUUCUGGAAAGCAAUGGAGAGAUGGUCGUGGAGCUGGACAGAACAUCAUCCCAGCUUCAACUGGUGCCGCCAAGGCCGUCGGAAAGGUUGGUUAAUUUGUUUAUGAUUAUUUUUUGGUUGUUUAGAUCGAAUGAAAUAUUAGAAUAUCAAAGAUAGUAUAAUAUAUGGUAUUUACUACUUUAAUUUCAGGUUAUCCCCGAAUUGAACGGCAAGCUGACCGGUAUGGCCUUCCGUGUCCCAACCCCGGAUGUCUCCGUUGUGGACCUCACUGUCCGCACGGAGAAGCCAGCUCCUUUGGAUGAGAUCAAGAAGGUCGUCAAGGAAGCCUCCGAGGGCAAAUUGAAGGGCGUCUUGGGCUACACCGAGGACCAGGUUGUCAGCACUGACUUCACCACUUCAACUCACUCCUCCAUCUUUGACGCCGGAGCCUGCAUCGGCCUCAACCCUCACUUUGUGAAGCUGGUCUCCUGGUACGACAACGAAUACGGAUACUCCAACCGUGUCGUCGAUUUGAUCAGCUACAUUGCCUCCAAGCAGUAG